AUGGAAGCAGCUCCGCAAGCUGCUGCUGCCGAAGAAGGCCUCUUGGCUGCUUCCGUUCUCUUCUUCCCGCGAACGGCGCUCCAGGUGCUUUCCGCGGUGACGAUCACUCUGCCGCAAGCCGUGUACGACCUCCUAAGCUCCAGCUUCACCAUUCACCUGAGUUUUACGGUUUUAUUAACCGUAAUUAUCGGCGCUCUCGGUGGAAUCUUCUACCUGGUUCGCUACCGCUACCUGACGAAUUACUCUCGUCUCCCACCCGCAAGUCCACGACUAAAGGACAAUGACUCCAUCGAUCUCCCGCCCGAGCUCCCAGAUGGCACAUUCUCCAAACCCGGGAUCAACUCCUACCUCGACGAAUUCUUCUCCGCGAUCAAGAUCUUUGGAUACCUCGAGCGCCCCGUCUUCCACGAAUUGACGCGACACAUGCAGACCCGGAAAGUGUCGGCAGGUGAUACGAUCAAUUUGGAGGACGAGAAGAGUUUUUGUAUGGUUGUGGAUGGGGAGGUACAAGUUUUUGUCAAGAGUCCGGCGAGUAGUACGCAGAGACAGGGUUCUGAUUCGGAUGAUGAGAGUGAGUCGGGGAGGGAUGAUUACCAUUUGUUAACGGAAGCGAAGAAUGGAGCACCCUUGUCGAGUUUGUUCACGAUCUUGUCGCUGUUUACGGAAACUAUCCAGCUUGAGGCGAAAGAGGAGGAGGAUGACGAUCAGCUCGUCACUAUCAUCCCAUCACAUUGCCCUGCACCGCCGCGCCCGGAUGAGACUGACGGGAGUUACUUUUCUGCCAAUGCUCGUGACAGAUCUCCCGCCGUCCCGACUGAUAUUCCUAUCCUGAACCUGGACAAGAAGGAUAGUGAGCACGCCGAGUCGAAAAAGGGCGCGUCUGUUCACCCGAAUGUCGUGGCGAGAGCCGCUGUGGAUUCAACCAUUGCUAUCAUUCCCGCACAUGCGUUCCGAAGCUUGACACGUUCUUACCCGAAGGCUACAGCGCAUAUCGUGCAGGUUAUCCUCACACGCUUCCAGCGUGUUACCUUUGCGACUGGUCACCACUAUCUCGGUCUCACCUCCGAGAUCCUCAGAACGGAGCGAUUGAUGAACGAAGGUACACGCUGGGAAUUACCAGCCUGCCUCAAACACGGUCGCAUGGACAAGCUCCGCGAAGUAUUGGCAGCGCAAAGAGAAGAAGACGCUGCUGCAAAAGCUGCUAAACCCGCCCUAGAUGUCGAAGAACCAGAAUUCAUCGUCAUUCCCCCCCUCAAACCCUCCUCCCAUCGCGGCAGCGCUGCAGACCCAACUAAUGCCCAAGCAGCCCUCCGGAGACGUCUAACAAGCCGCAUGGCAACAAACUUGAGCGUCUCCCAGUACGCUCCCCCAAUCCUCCGGACGACAACUAAUCCAGGUGAUUUGUUAAGUAGCCUCCCGAGACCGCGGAGCUCGAGUAAAGGCAGUGUUGGUGACGUCAAUUUGGGGGAGGGGGAGUUCUUGCCGAAGCAUGCGCAUGAGAUUGAUGAUAUGGUCGAUGAUGAUAAAGCACUGAGGGAGAAUGUGCUGGAGUGUAUGCUUAAGGCUCUCGGUGUCGGUUCCGAUACGGUGCUCGUUGACAAUGGGACGAGUGUGCUUGUGACGAAGAGUCCGGCACGGAGUGCGGCGAGUAGUGUUGAGGGAAGUCCGCAGAUGCGGCCGUAUGAUGUCAAGAGUAACAAAGUUUUCAGCAAAGCGUUUGGAAAGUUGUUGGAGGAGAGUACUGCGGAUAGUAGUACUAGUCCGGAUGAGGAUGCGCAUAGCGGUAUUUCGAGCACUGCGUUGAGUGUGCAUGAGGAGCUUGAGGAGGAGAUGGAAUUGGUGUACUUUCCCAAGGGCGCGGUACUCGUACAAGAGGGUGAGAAGAACCCCGGGUUGUACUAUGUUGUUGAUGGAUUCCUUGAUGUCAGCGUUGGUGUCGAGAAUCGUGAGUACGCCGGUAAUGGCCGUGGGAAGGGACCUGGGAGGAGCAAGCUUUACAUGGUCAAGCCAGGCGGUAUAGCUGGAUACUUGGCCUGUGUCUCUGGUUUCAGGUCUUUCAUCGACGUUAGGGCGAGAUCGGAUGUUCUUGUGGGAUUCUUGCCCCGAGCGAGUCUGGAAAGGAUCAUGGAGAAGCAUCCAAUUGUUCUGUUGACUAUGGCGAAGAGACUCAUCUCCUUCAUGAGUCCGUUGAUCCUGCAGAUCGACUUUGCGCUCGAGUGGGUUCAGGUCAGUGCCGGCGAGAAGAUCUACAAACAAGGCGAUGAUAGUGAUGCCAUUUACAUCGUCCUUAACGGCCGUUUGAGAGCUUUGGCUGAGAAAGAGAGCGGAGGCGAUGGCGAGGAUCAGAAACGUGAAUUGGUUACAGCAGGUGAAUUCGGUCAAGGAGAAUCCGUUGGUGAACUUGAAGUUCUUACGGAGACGGCGAGGCCGUACACUUUGCAUGCUAUCCGUGACACGGAGCUGGCGAGGUUCCCCAAGACGCUGUUUCAUGCGUUGUCAAUCCACCACCCUCAUAUCACAAUUCAGAUUUCGAGAAUUAUUGCGUCGACUCUGACAAAGCGGUUGAGGCCGGAGAUUAGUCUGGGCGGUGACAGCAGAUCUUUGGCGGAGAAGGGCGGGAACACCGGUGGUCCCUCGAACUCUACAAACCUGAGGACGAUCACUAUUCUUCCCGUCACGCAGGGUGUCCCAGUCAUGGAGUUUGCCCAAAAAUUGGGAAAGGCAAUGCAGAGUACUGGUACUACGAGCUGUAUCCUCAAUCAAGCUGCUGUGCUUGGGCAUCUCGGUGGGCAUGCAUUCACUAAGAUGGGGAAGUUGAAGUUGAGCGGAUACCUUGCGGAUUUCGAGGAGAAGUUCGGCAAGGUGCUCUACGUUGCCGACACGAACGUUAACUCAGCAUGGACAGAGACAUGUAUCAGGCAGGCUGAUUGCAUCCUCGUCGUGGGUGUCGCUGACAGUGGUCCUGGUAUCGGCGAGUAUGAACGAUUCUUGCUUGGUACGAAGACGACGGCGAGGAAGGAGCUCGUCCUCGUUCAUGCAGAGCAGUUCGUUCAGCCUGGCACGACGAGACAGUGGCUAAAGAACCGUCCGUGGGUUCAUGCUCAUCACCACAUCCAGAUGCAUAUUCGGACUCAUGCGCCGCCGAUGCCGUUACACACACCCAGACGUGCUGCGUUGACGAAGCUGAAAAGUAAGGUUCAGGUGAUUCAAACCGAGAUCACGAAAUAUACGACGAGGAGAAAUCGACAUACUCAGGCCUAUGCCAACCCGGCGCAGCAUAAGAGUGAUUUUGCGCGUUUGGCAAGGAGGUUGACGGGCAAGGCUAUUGGAUUGGUCUUGGGCGGUGGUGGUGCACGCGGAUGUUCACAUGUUGGUGUCAUCCGUGCAAUGGAGGAAGCCGGUAUCCCCAUCGACAUCAUCGGUGGUACGUCGAUCGGUUCUUUCGUGGGAGGUCUCUACGCACGCGACGCAGAUUCCGUCCCAAUCUACGGCCGAGCCAAGAAAUUCGCGGGUCGCAUGGCGAGUUUGUGGAGGAUGCUGUUUGACGUUACCUACCCCGCAACCGCCUACACCACUGGCCAUGAGUUCAACCGUGGUAUUUGGAAGACGUUCGGGAAUGCACAGAUUGAGGAUUUCUGGUUGCCGUAUUACGCCAACACGACCAAUAUCACGCAUUCUCGGAUGGAAGUUCAUACGAGUGGGUAUGCAUGGAGGUAUAUCCGCGCGUCCAUGUCGCUCGCGGGGUUGGUCCCGCCCAUGUGCGAUGAGGGGAGCUUGUUGGUUGAUGGAGGAUAUGUUGAUAAUUUGACUGUGAGCACGAUGAAGAAGAUGGGUGCGGACAUUGUGUUUGCGGUUGAUGUUGGAAGUGUGGAUGACACUUCUCCCAUCGAGUACGGAGACACGCUGUCUGGUUUCUGGGCACUGUUUAAUCGAUGGAACCCAUUCAGUACCGUCCCGAACGUGCCGUCGCUCGCCGAAGUUCAGGCACGUUUGGCGUACGUCGCUUCCGUCCCCGCUCUCGAGGCAGCUAAACAGAGUCCGGGCUGUGUUUACAUGCGUCCACCCAUCACACCUUACCAAACCCUCCAGUUUGGCAAAUUUGAUGAGAUUUGUCAGGUUGGGUAUGAUUAUGCAGUGGAGUUUUUGCAGAAGCUGAGGAAGGAUGGGAAGUUGAAGGGGAUUGUAGAGGAGGGACCGAGGGAGACGUUUGAAGGAAGGAAGCCGUUCCAUAGAAGGAGGAAUAGUUUGUAG